CAGGAUUACGCACUGACAGAAGCUGCAACUAAGGGCUAUACAGAAAUAGUCAGACUACUCCUAGACAAAGGCGCCAAACCUGACAAGGAUUACGCACUGACAGAAGCUGCAACUAAGGGCAAUACAGAAAUAGUCAAACUACUCCUAGACAAAGGCGCCCAACCCGACAAGGGUGAUGCACUGACAGAAGCUGCAACUAAUGGCCAUACUGAAAUAAUCAGACUACUCCUAGACGGAGGGGCCCAACCUGAUAAGGGUGAUGCGCUGAAAAAAGCUGCAUCUUUUGGCUUUACUGAAAUAGUCAGACUACUCCUUGACAAAGGCGCCCAACCUGAAAAGGGUGAUCCACUGAAAGAAGCUGCAACUUUUGGCCAUACUGAAAUAGUCAGACUACUCCUGGACAAAGGCGCCCAACCUGAUAAGGGUGGAGCGUUGGAAAGAGCAGUAUCGUAUGGCUACACGGCAAUAGUGGGAUUACUACUAGACAAAGGUGCCCAACCAGAUAUGGAUGUGAUUGAAAAGGCAAGAUCUUGUGGUCAUACUGAAAUAGUCGAACUACUUCUGGACAAAGACAGAUCGAUUGGAGGAACUGAAAUGAAGAUUAGCCUGUCGACGUCGGAUACCCCAGACUCUUCAAUACGAAGUGAUGAUGACGAUGGAGAUGAUGAAUGGCUCAUCGAAAUCGUGAAGAAGAGAUACAUCGAAAAGUUUGAAACUUUGGAAAAGAAGUUUUUGAAAGCAGAAAUAAAGAUGCUUUCUUCCGAAAGCAUUCUUCAUAUUGUGGCUGUGUUUGGCUCAUUAGAAAUGAUCGAAUGUAUGACGAAAUGGAAGGGAAUUGAAUGGGAUGAAGAAAGAGAGAUCCACGAACACAUAUUCGGUGAAGCUUUGAAGGGAUUAACAGUCAGUAAUGCCACGGCGUUAUAUUUAGCGACAUUGAUGGAGAGAACGGAGAUGGUACGCUUGCUCAUCAAAUAUUCUGGAGAAGACAACAUCAAAUGCUGCUUUCGAAGCUUACACCUCAGUGACGAAAUGGAAGAGAUAUACAUGCUGGAUCAAGCCGAAAAAUUGAAAACCAAACAUUCUGAUCUUCGACCCGCCGUCAUUCCAGGACAUCGCGUGGGAAAAGAUGGACAACGCUCUCGGGCUUUCAUUGUAUAUUCAAUACAUGAACAUGAGGCUUCAGGCUAUGAACUUGGUGAUGGCCUCGGUUUGGUUAUGGUUCGAAAUCCGUACAUUUAUAAGAAAGAGAGGAAAUUGAACGAAGAUAGAAGGAAGACGGUUUCAAACGAAGACGUAAAACGAGCUGAAAAGGCUCUAUCACUUCAUCAGAAGACUCUUUGGGCGAACCAUAGUAACUUAAACAUUAUAAACGUCAGUCCUGUUGUGUACCGGAACAACGGAGACGACAUCAUCGAAAAGACAUGCAUCGCACUAUAUUGUAGUACAAAGGGCGUAGUGCCACUCGGGGAACCAGAGUUCCCUAAACAGUUAGAGUUAGAAGAGGGUGACUUUAUUGAUGUUGAUGUACACGAAGGUUAUUUCAAACGGGGCGGUUAUAAUUCGCUGCCAAGUAAUAACUUUCAUCCAAAUCUGAAAAUGGGCUGCAAUAUCGGAAGAUCGCGAUCGACCCCAGAGUAUAAUUCGCAAGGUGGUACUCGUCCAUACAUUGCUGGCACACAUGGUCCAUUUGUGAAGUUUAAUAACAAGAUUGGAUUUCUCACCUGCGCCCACGUGUUGUUUAUUGUUCCAGUGAAACAACCGUUUUUGGAUUUCCAUCACAACGGUAACAAUCCAGUUGAAGUCGUACAACCUUCGGUUGACUCAACAGUUUUUCAAGGCUCCCCGUGUGGUCAUGUACACAGAGCCAUUUUCAAUCCACAGUUGGAUCCAAGUAUUGAUGUCGCUGUCGUUGAAUUAACUGAUUCAAGUAGGAUACCCACUGCUGGUCAAUUCGCUAACGCCAGCCACAAUAGUUACAGAGAUGCAGGGUUUGAGGAACUUCCCGAGUAUAACAGUGGAUAUGUCCUUAAAGAUUUAAAGAAUGUCUGUACAACACAUAUCGUAUAUAAAUUUGGAAGCUCCAGUGACGUCACAAAAGGGCAAUUGGAAGUAAAUGGAAUUAAUGUAAGACCACUCACCACAACACUUGGUCUACCCAGAUGUACAGAAAGGAUCGAAAUGAAAAACCAGUAUGGUGUCCGUGGUACCCAAACACCAAUGUCGUUUUUCAUAGGUGGAGACUCGGGUUCAUCGGUGUUCAUGAAGUCAGAAAAGGGAGAUUUGGUACUAAUAGGAAUGGCGAUCGGAAAUGCGUAUGUAGAUACCAACCCAUUUCCGUUAGCAGUUGUUACACCUAUCGGUGCAAUAUUGAAUGCUCUAGGCCCACAGUACUCCAUAGCAUCAUUUCCCUAAGUACAUAUCUACACAGUAAUCAUCACUGAAGAAUAUUGCCUUCAACACUUUUAAUUAUUAACAUAUGUUUUUCAGCGUGGCAACUGUUUUUGUUGUUACACGCCUUGUAUAAGAACAUCUGUAUACCUUUAACGUUUUGUUUUGACUAUUAUUCUGGGAACUUGAGAUGCCAACAAUUUCCAUUGAUGUAGCCGUUUGUUUCAAGUCCGAAAAGUAUAUGUGUCAUCGUAGUCAUAUUUAACUGAGCCAUGAAUGAAAGAUACCUCGUGGUAGUGAGAGGCACCUAUUAACAUCAUUGGUUAUUUAUUUUUUGUGUUAUUUGUGUGAUAAUCAUAUAUUAUAAUAUAUAGUAUAUAUUGUAAUGCUAUUAUUCGUUUUAAAGUUAUCAAUAAUUUAUUUCUAAAUAUAUCAACACUUUGUUUACCUAGUAAUACCAGGUCACACCUCCCCAUGGAUGUAUAAGAGAUUAAUAUGACAAUGGUGGCUAUAUUGAUGUUUCUACCAAAUAUGAUAAAUUGAGCUAUUCCCUAAGUCCUUUGGCUACUAUGUAUACUUUGUUAUUAUCUUGUAUUUGAUACCAGAAUAUUACUCCAUACAAUUUUAUUGUGGUCGCCUUUCCUCAGGCGUCGUUCGUCAAGGGUCUUGCGGUGUGCAUCUUAAACAAUUUACAUUUUUAACUUUUCAAUAAUUAGUUAAGUAAGUAAGAGUCAUAUUUGUCCAGGGGGAUGCUUGGAUGAAGAGAUGUCAUAGUUGAUUAAACAAUGACAUUGAACGUAGAUUUGUUACAGAUGUCGCAUAUGUUAAAUCUUUUCAUUAAACAAGAGAUCCAAAGCCAUCUUAAUGGACCAGUUACAUGCUGGAUGAACCACUGAGAGAUACAUGGUCAUAGAUUCAUACAGUGCCAUGUUCAACUGAAUGACUUUCAGUUACCUUCAAGGUCAUACAGAUGAAAUGUGCUAAAUUAUGGAUUUAACAUAAAAAGUACUAACCAGUAUGUCAUACGGAGACAAGUUAUAAUGAUGAAUGCAACAUUGCAAUGAAGUUUUUGAUAAUAAACCUUAAUAAGUGACUUCGAUAACAACGAUAUCCACAUUUUCUAGUAUUCAUUAUAAGUAUUAUGUAUUAGUGAUCAAUGCUAUUAGGAUUUGCGCGUUGUGGUCAUUCGGCAUAGAUACAUUUGAAAUAAGAAAACAUACGGGAAAGCCGUAAAAAGUAUAUUAAAUCAAAUAAACAGUGAGAUUAACAUUUUUUAAUACCUGAUUUAAUGAACCAUUUAUUUUAUAUUUUUAAAAAUAUUUAUCUAUACAAUAUUUGCAAUUUAUUUUUCGUUUGACGUGGAAAUUGUGUAUGAUUUGUAUCAAAUUAAAGCUCAGAAUUUAUUCUACCGGAUAAAUGUUGUUUUUGUAUAGGUUUAAUAGCAUAUAGGAGCACACGGAUACUCGAAAGACAGUAAUCCUGACAUUUACAGUGCAAUGAAGAACCCCCACCUUGGGAAUUCCCGUCUUUUAAACCUCGAAUCCUACGUCAUUCUAUAUUCAGUAGGAGUAUUUAUUUUCGAUUUUCCUGAUCUCACGUGUUUAUGUAACGUAGUGAGAAUGACCAUCUUAAUUUUAAUUAGAUUGGUGAAACACCAGCUGAUUUUACUUAUUUAGUUGUGUGAGUCCUAAACACACUUACGGAAAAUCCGAAAAUGUAUAAUAUCGAACCCUUUUUUCCCCUAAGCAAAUAUGAAGCCUGUAUAAACUACUUCAUAAUGUAUAUACCAAUAAUAGUAUACAUUUUUUUGUUUUAUUUCUCACGCAUAUCAAAAUACAGGAGUUAUCUGCUUAACAAAAUCACACUAGACAUGGUUAUCCUAUUGUGGUCUGUUACUUUUGCGUAAACUUGUUACUUAUAUAAGAAUUAAAACAAUCUAAACAGUUGUUUAUGUGAAAUUUUAAUAAAUGUUUUCAUCAUAUGUUAUCGCUAUCCUUUAUUUAUAUAGAAAAAGUGUCCAAUAUACAAGGAAACAAUUGCCAUAGUAAUUUUACCUUGAUAUCCUAACUGUCUAGAGUCCUUAUACAACAAUGCUUGUAAAGUUGUUUCUUAUUGAAAUUCAUAAUAAAAUCGUAUAUUUUUAUCAA